UUCAUGCCUGUGUGCGUUUUAGAGCUGUUUAAUUUGAUUAUACGUAGUUUCUUUAGCAUUUGUAAAAUCCGCAGACUUUGAUUAGGGAAUUUCAGCAUGACUGAGAGUGCCCUGAACACCCCGGACCUGAAAGAUCUUGAAGAAGAUGAACUAUGGGAUCUUAUCAAUGACAACCGUCAUGCCAUCUCUCUCGGUGUCCGUCCCUGUUUGCUCAUCCCUUACUUGCGGCAGGCGCGUGUGCUUACAGACCUGGACGAGGAUGAGAUACUUACCUGUCUCAAACUCACCAACCGCAGUAUGAGAACCAGUCAUAUGCUAGACCUGUUGCGUGUGCAAGGCCAUAAUGGAGCCAUGGCUCUACUCGAGAGUCUGAUGAUCCAUUACCCCACUCUUUACACACAGAUCACCGGCCGCCAGCCCAGCACUGAGCCUUCAGGCUUCAGUGGCCUGAUAAAGUACACUGAGCUGACAGAGUACCUGGUUCGUGCGGUGAGUGGUAUGCAGACUGAGCUGCAAGAGGCGCGACACGAGGCAGUGCGACUGCGAGCCCGGUGCAGUGAACUGGAGGGGAAACUGGGGCAGGCGCAACAGAAUUUUGACGAGUUCAGCCAGAUGCAGGGAGAUCAUGUGCGACUGCGCAGUCACCUUGCUGGUUUACACAGAGACUGGCUGAAACAGAAAGAUGAGAUGUGUGAUCUGUAUGUUAGAUACACCACAGCUGUGGAGGAGAAGUCUGCUUCCAGUAUACACAACAGAGAACUGCACCUACAGAUUUACCAGCUGCAAUGUGAGCUAAGGAAAGCUCAGAAAGAGACAGAUUUCCAGAGGCAGCGUUCCUUAAAGAAUAUUUCUCUCAGUGACACACAGCAGCUCAAGGAAGAGAUCAACGCUCUGCGUGCAAAGUUACUGGAGGCUGAGAAAUUCUCCCCGGCACGCCAGGAUAUCCUGGCUCAGGAUCUGGAAGAGGCCAGAGACAGACGUUCGGAACUUGCUGAGGAGGUUGGUAGACUAAGUGAGGAGAAUGAACGACUCCAGCAAGAGAAAGAGGAGCUCCUGGAAGAGAAGGACUGUUUGACCCUGGAGGUGGAGAAGUUAACUGUGGACUGUGAGAUGUACCAGCACAAGAGUGCCCUGUUCCAGAGUCAGCUGGGAGAAGUACAGGCUGAGAGAGACAGGGCAUAUUUGUCCCGUGAUGAGGCACAGGCCCAGAUUGCACGUAGUCUAGCGGAGAAGGACACACUGAGAGGUCAACUCAUGGAGCUACAGGAGAAGAUGUUCACCAUGAAUGUCUUUAGCAGACAAAGAGAGGAAAGACAAAAAUCCAGGGACAGGUUCAGUUGGGAGAGCAGCCGAGACUCAAGCAGUGAGUGCCCCCCAUGCAGGCCCCCAGCCAGAGUACCUCUACGUCGCAUGGAUGCCCUCCGUCCUGAGUGUUUCCACUUGUAUGACACCUCUGAGUUGACUGAUGAAGGAAUCAGCAGUGUGUGUUCCAGUCAAGUGGAGCCUCCAUGUUAUGAAUCUCUCCGCAGACGAGAGUUACACUUCCCCUCCUGCAAUGACAGCAGUCAGGAGCUGAUGGAGGACUCUUCCCUUAGCAUUCUAGACCUGGAUAAUGAUUUUGUUUUCAUUAAUGAAGAUGUUGAUGAGCCAAAAGUUUCAGCAUCUCUUCCCUGUCCCACUACCAAGAGGAGCCCUUCCGACAGUUUCUCCAGAGCAUCAGCUCCACCCUUCCUAGUGCGUGCCAGACCCCAGGCCCUGCGUAUUACUGGUCGCGUGCUCACUAUCUCUGUCCACGGAGGAAUGUUGUUGAACCAGCUACAGGUCAUCGGGGGAAAUAAGACUGGCGUGUUUGUGUAUCAUGUGAACGAAGGAUCAUCGGCUCAUAUUGCUGGCAUCAGCCCUGGAACUCAGAUACUCCAGCUGAAGUAUGAGCGGGAGCAGAAAGCUGUACGUAUGGUUCUGGAAGAUACCACAAUGGAGGAAGCUCUCUGGGCCCUGGGGCAAGUCCAAGGACUAUGCCACAUUACACUGAGACCCAGCACGGAUGCCUAUGAGAACCUGCUGCAGCAACUAAAGAGCGGUGAGGUAAUUUCAGGUGAUUCCUUUUACGUCCGCGUCAAUAUGACUAUGGCGGGGGAUAUAGCUGGAAGUCUGGCGGUCAAGUGUAACAACAUAGUACAUGUGAAGAACACUCACUAUGGCAAUGAUGGCUCCUGGUGGGCCAGUCUUGUGCACACCUGCCAACUAAUGGACCUGAAGAGCGGCACUUUGCCCAACUACUACAGAGCACAGAGGCUGUUAAUCAGAGCUAUAGAGGAUAUGACCUAUCCUCGUAAAACACACAGAAAGGUGGAGAGAGCAGUUGCUCUUGAGAAACGGAGAGCAGUGAGGAUCGUCAGUACUGGUCAGCAGAGCAGAAACCCACUGUGGGUCAGUGUGGAAGACGACAACAGUACAGCCCAAGAUAGUAAUUGCAGUGUGCCCAGAAGAUGUGUGACCCUGAUGCCCUACACCCUGGUCACACCUCAUUACCCGCCCAUCUGCCGCCCAGUCCUCAUCUUUCCCACAAUCCUUGGCCGAAUCCUGCAUAAACGAUUGACAGAGCAGGAGGGUUAUCAGCUUUGUGAGUCAGAGUUGCUAAUGGCAAGUGAGCAUGCUGUUAGAAUGCAGAAGGGGGAGAUUCUUGAGGAGUGUGACUCAAAAACCCACCGUUGCUACACGAUGCAGGAAGUGGACAAGAUCAUGAAACGGGGUGCUCACUGCGUGUUACCACUGGGUUUGGACUGUGUGCGUCGUCUCCACCGUGCUGAAAUCUUCCCCAUCAUCAUCUUUAUCAUGUCAACGGAGAGAAGUAUCCGCAGACUCAGACACAAACUACGGCAGAACUCAUUGACUGAGUCUCAGGUGCUGGAGUGUUCCAGCAGUGAGGAACCCCUUUUGGAUAAACUGCCCUGCCUUUACCGCAGUAUUCUGCCAGAUAGUUGGCAUGACAGUGCCAACCUAGUGGACAUUUUGAAAACUGUGGUGACAGAGGAGCAGAAUAAGAUUGUGUGGGUGGAGUCAGAUCUCUGGUGAGAGAGUGGGGGACUAUGUGGUUAAGUAAAGUCUUAAUUCCCUCAUUACAGGGAGCAAUUAAGAGUAUUAGAGAUAAACUAACAGCACAUUCUGUGUAUUUAGAGCAAAGAUGGAGGUCUGCUACAUAGCUAAAAGUGGAGUGCUGCCUGCUUCAAACUACUAAAAUAUGCUUUUAGUGCAGGAAAGAUUUGGUGACAAUUUUUUUAACAUUUUACCAUAAGGUUCCAUUUGUUAAAUACAUUUGUUAACAUAAACUAACAAUUAAGAAUACUUUUACAGCAUUUAUUAAUCUUGGUUAAUGUUCAUUUCAGCGUGUACUAAAAACAAAUUACAAUGGUAUACAUUAGUUAAUGCAUUAUGAACCAUAGACUGUAAAAAAAGAUGGACGACGCACCUUCGCUCUUUUCCAUUGGUGAGAACUGAAGCCGCCAGUGUCCUGAUAUGGCGCUGACAUCUUGGGACUUGAGUCUACGCAGUUGCGAUUUCGGGACCAGACCUGCGCAGUAGUGAGCAGGAAGUAAAGCCGCGAAAUCAAGGCCCCGCCCUCACUCUCGCUGAAUCAAUCGCAAGCACAUGCCCUGCACUUUUUACUUUUUACUUAUGAUGGUGUGAAAUAAUUAAUUAUAGAAAUUUAGAUAUUAAAUUUAAAGCUCCAAUCUCCUCAGUCCUCCGAAGAUCCCGAAAAAAAGUCAGUUGGUGCUUCAGUCACUACUUCGCUCAGAGAACCUGUCAAUCACAGCUGUCAAUCAUGAUGUCACAGCACCGUUUAUAUAGCAUCAAAUAACUAACUAAAAACAAACUUAUUUAAAAAACAAACACAUGAAAUUACAUAAACGUGAUAGAAACUACAGUAAAUGACAGAAACUAUCUUUGGAAAAAAUAUAUGUGAAGUGUAAUUUAAUUGUAUAGUUGGUCUCAGGUCCCGUUGAAUAACAUGGGGAGGCGGGUUUUAUGACCUAUACUAGGACCAGUCACCGGGGGGCGAUCGAGACGUUUUAGCUUCACUUUUGAGGGCUUGUGCGGCACACUUGUUAUGAACUAACAUGAACAGAACAUGAAACAUUACAUUUUUUAUAAACUAACAUUAACCAAGAUAAAUAAAUGCUGUAAAAAUAUAUAUUAUUCAUUGUUAGUUCAUGAUACCUAAUGCAUUAACAAAUGUUAAUAAAUGGAACCUUAUUGUAAAGCGUUACCAUCAGUUCUAUAUGUUAAAACAUUACGCUGUAGCAUUACGAAACCCUGAGGGUUCCAUCUCUAAGAAUAAUUAAUUAUAUACGCUAUAACCUGCGGCCAAAAAAUAUUUUUCUAAGUAGUAAAGUUUUGCUUUAGGAACAGAUAUAUAAGAUGCUAUAGUCCAUGCUAUACUUUAUUAAUUUAUACUUUAUCUUUGCUAUUCUUAUGUUCCCAUUAUUUUGAAUGUUAUGUGCAUAAAUGAAGAAUAUUUACAUUGAAGGAAGCUAUAUACAGUAUAAUAUCCCCUGAGGGACAUUAAAUAUGCUAGAAUAUCCGUUUGGCAAAACAGUAAUAUUUAACUAGAUUUCAGAUUGAUUGUGUGUAUGAAGCAACUUUUUGGAAGUUUGCUCAUCACCAUGAGCUAAUUGGAAUAAUUAAUUACUUCUGAUAAAAAAGAGCACAAAAUCAAGUUGAUCUUAUACUUAAUAGUACUGUUUCACCUAGUCUCAGAGAUUUAGAGGUCUAUGUUUAGCUCAAGAGAAAUACAAUCAAGAUGUCAUUACUGUACAUACAUGUAAAGAAUGAGGAUACAGAACACUGUCAGAGUAAUUUCCCCUCAAGCCUAUCUAAUCUCAACCACUCUGCCAAGAUUCCUCCAGACCAAAAUUUCCAUUUAACAUUUUUAAACGUUUUACUCUUGUUCAGUUGACCCAUUAUUUUUGUGAACAAAGUGAACACUGAAUUGAAAAGAGUCAGUUUAAAACUGAGGUUAGUAACUAUUGCAUAGUGAAUUAAAAAUUAUACAAAUUACAAUGUCAAUGUUUUAUUGUGUCUACUUGAUCUAUAAAAUCCUAUGACAUCUAUGUUUUCACUCCCAUUUGUAUGCAUUUAUGUUAUAAUGUACUUAUAUCCAUUUAUAUAUGUAAUCAUUUUUCUUCGUUCAUGUUUAA